CUGGAAAGAAUUUGAAGUCAGUCGUCUUUGGCACUUAUAAAAACAAUGGCCUCAAUCUCUUCUAGCAUUGAAGACAAGACUGCAUUGUCUCUUUCUCCCUUGUCUAAUCUGUCUUUCACAGUCAUCUUCUUCAAUAAGAUCUACACAAAUUUCAUGGCUCCCACUCCUCCUCUACUCUGUUUCUGUUCUGUUCGCCAUUAAUAAAGUUUUGGUGGUUUGUGGCCGAUGUCUUGAGGAUCAAAGAUCUCUUUUUCUCCAGCUGAAUCAAAGCCUCACCUUCUCUCAGUGGCCCUGUUCUGAUGAUCCAAAACUUGUGUCUUGGAACACAAACACUGAUUGCUGUAGUUGGAAAGGCGUCACCUGCGACAGAGAUUCUGGUCAUGUUAUUGGUCUCGACCUCAGUGGCGAAUGUAUAUCCGGAGGAGUUGAGAAUAUAAGCAGCACUCUAUUUAAUCUUCGGUAUCUCCUGCAAAGCUUGAAUUUGGCUGACAACUACUUCAAUUCUACGCCGAUUCCAUCUGGGCUUGACAAAUUCGUCAAUUUAACCAUCCUCAACCUGUCCAACGCCGGUUUUGGAGGCCAAGUUCCCAUCGAAAUCUCACGUCUCAGGAGGUUAUUUUCUCUCGAUCUCUCCAAUAUGCCUAUGUAUGAACGGAAUCAAUUGAUACUCGAAAACCCAGAUCUUAGAACUCUUGUUCAGGACCUCUCAGGAUUGAGGAUCUCCGUCUUGAUGGAGUGCAUAUAUCAGCGAAUAAGGGAAGUCAAUGGUGUCGAGCCUUGUCCUCUACACUUCCUAAUCUGCUAGUGUUGAGCUUGUCCAAUUGUCAUCUUUCAGGGCCACUGGAUUCUUCGCUUUCAGAACUAAGUUUGCUCUCUCAGAUUGAUCUCAGCCAGAACGAUCUAUCUACUGAAGUACCAAUUUUCUUUGAGAAUUUCAUCAACUUGACUUCUCUGCGUCUCAGUGAUUGUGGGUUAUACGGGAAAUUCCCGAACAGAGUUCUUCAGCUAAGAACCCUUCAAAGCCUCGAUGUAUCAGAGAACCCGCUUCUAUAUGGUUUUCUGCCAGAAUUUCCUCUAAACGGAUCUCUUAUUCAGUCCUUGGUACUCUAUGACACCAGCUUCUCAGGUUCCUUACCAGAUUCUAUAGCCAAUCUUAGCCUUCUCUCCGAAUUACGUCUCUCGAGUUGCAGCUUCAAUGGGUCAAUUCCGUCAUCCAUUAUAGAACUUAACCAGCUCGAACUUUUGGACUUGUCAAAUAACAGUUUCACUGGCCCUAUACCUCCGUUGCCUGAAACUCUAACCCUAGUAAUCCUUUCCCAUAAUAUGUUGACAGGUCCACUUUUGGACUCAAGGGAAAAGCCUCGUAAAGCUUGAGGUUCUUGACUUGGGUGAUAAUUCACUGAAUGGAGAGAUACCAUGGUCGUUGUUCACCUUGCCAACAUUGAAGGAGUUACUACUAGGCCAGAACCAAUUUUUUGGCCAACUCAUGAUCGAGAUGCACAAUACUACCUCCUCCUCUGCACCGUUGUAUAACCUUGAUUUGAAUAGCAAUAAUCUGGAGGGACCAAUACCAUUGUCAAUAUUUGAAUUCACGGAUCUUCGAUUUCUCUCUCUCUCUCUUCCAACAUUUUCAGUGGCACUAUAGAGCUUGAGAUGAUUGAUCAGAAACUGCAGAACCUUAUCGAUCUCGAUCUUUCCUACAAUAGCCUGCUGCUGAUCAAUACUACUAUUCGUAAUCCUAACUCAUCAUUCCCCGAACUCGAGACGCUGAAAUUGGUGUCCUGCAACCUGCAAGGCUUCCCUGAUUUCUCAAGACACAGGCGACAGUCGACAUUGAGUCAUCUGGAUCUGUCCAACAAUCAAAUUCAUGGGGAAAUACCCUCUUGGAUUUGGGAUAUUGGUCAUUAUGGGUUUCUCAAUUAUUUGAACCUUUCUUUCAACUUCCUCAACAAACUAGAACAACCUUUGCCUGAUCAGAGUUUUAUAAGUACAGUUCUUGUCCUCGACCUUCACUCCAACAUCCUCCAAGGACCAAUCCCAGUUCUGCCAUCAUUAAUCACUGCAUGUAUGGAUUUAUCAAACAACAGUUUUCAAUCCAUCAUCCCAUCUAAUAUCGGGGAUUCCCUCAUCAUCAACAACUACUACUCUCUCUCGAGCAAUAAUCUCACCGGGGAAAUUCCUCAAUCGAUAUGUAAUGCACAUUCUCUUGAAGUUCUUGAUCUGUCAAACAACAGCUUGAGCGGGGCCAUCCCCUCAUGUUUGGCUAACAUGGACGCACUGACGGUACUGAACCUCCAGGGUAACCACUUUGUUGGCCGCAUUCCUCAAGACUUUCAAGUUGGGUGCAUUCUAAAGACACUGGAUCUUAGUGUGAACAAAUUAGAAGGACCUUUACCUACAGCCCUGGCCAACUGCAAGAAGUUGGAGGUUCUCAAUCUUGGGAACAACCGAAUAAAUGGCGCAUUUCCGUUCUGGUUGGCAAGCUUUGCCGACUUACGGGUCCUUGUUCUGCACUCCAAUAGAUUCGCCGGACAUAUUAGAGGUUACGACGUCACAAAUCAUUCUAAUUUCCCAAAGCUGCAAUUCAUAGACCUCUCUUCGAAUAAUUUCACUGGUAAUCUUCCCUCCGAAUUCUUUAUGCAAUGGACAGCAAUGAUGGCUGAUGAGAAUGAAACUCAAUCCAAGAUUAAGCAUGAAGCAUUGAGUUCAAUGGUCGUACCAUAUGCUGAACGUUACGUGGGUUUAGAAACGUACUACCAGGAUACAGUGACGGUUACAAUCAAAGGGCAAGAAAUGGUAUUGACAAAGAUCCUAACCAUCCAUACCUCUAUUGACUUAUCAAACAAUGGAUUCCAAGGAGAGAUUCCUAAUGUGCCAGGAAGCCUCACUUCUCUCUGCCUCCUUAACUUGUCACAUAAUGCUCUAACUGGUCGAAUACCAUCAUCCCUGGGGAACCUGCAACAGCUCGAGUCAUUAGAUCUCUCAAGCAACAAGUUGGGAGGAGAGAUACCUCAGCAACUGGCAAGCCUGACAUUCCUUUCGGUCUUGAACCUCUCAUGGAACAACCUUACUGGGAUGAUACCAAAGGGAACUCAAUUUCAGACAUUUUCAGAGAGCUCCUUCCAAGGGAAUGAAGGAUUAUGUGGAGCUCCCUUGUCGAGAAGGAAAUUGUUGUUGGCCCGCAAAUGAAAAGUGUCUGGAAUCCCUACUUGCUUACCAGGUCCAUCCUAAGGAUUGCAGGUACUUGAUUCAUCAGAGACAACAGUGGAGAGUAGCUUGGCAAGCCCUGGCCAUUCUCAUUUUAAUAUAAGCAAGCAUGGAUGUAAAUAAUGUAAUCUAUUCAGAAAGUAAUUCCAAGACGUCAAUUUUGUUAACAUGCAUGGUUUAAUUUUCUUGCCCCUUAGCGAGCUUGGGCUAGCUAGCAGGGUUCUUUGUUCACUUGGCAGAGUUGAAACUAUUUUCAAGAUAUCCCAAAACUAAUCUAUAGCCUCCCCAUCAAUCAUUUUCUAUUUAUGGCUUAAGUUCAUGUAUCGGCUUGGAAUCGAUCAUAUCGAAUUGGUAUCUGUCGAGAUCGAUCCCUAAUCCAAUACCGAUUCAGAUUGAGUAUCCGGAUAGUUUAAGAGUAACAUAGUGAAAAGAGUACGUUUUUAUAAAAGUCAGGAGUAAAAUAGAUGGAUACCCACCGAUUCAAUCCAAUCCAGUUAGGUAUUGAAUCCAUAUCGGCAGAGAACAAUACCGAUGCCGGCCCCUAAAUCCUUGGUUCUUAGGAUCGAUUCCGGACGAUUCUAAUCCAAUCGGGAUUGGCAGGGACUGAUUAGUAGCCGAUUUCCUGUUUUUAAAACCCAGGUAGGUAUAGAAUAGUUGCAGAGUA